UAAUCCAGAGGGGUUUGUGGGACAGAUAGUUUUUAAAGCUAUAGGAAUCAGUUUAAAAUCUUGGAAUUCCGACUGAGGGGGCGUUUCUGUAAGAAUUUCCCACUUCCAAGUUCAAACGGAACUAGUAAUAGACACAACAUUAAUCAGUCAGUGCCCAUGGCGGUGUAGUGUGACGAAAAUAUAUUGUUCUGGCUUAUAUUAAUUAACAAAAAAGAAAUCGGCUCUCAGACGGGAGGCGGCUCCUAUCGUUCCGUAAAGGCCGAGUCGUUCGGAACGGACCAUCUCUGCGGAAUGCGCUAGGGCUGUACGGCGGCUGCUGGGAACAUGGGGGAUCGCACAGAAGGAGCUGGGAAACCGUGACUUUCAAACGAUACCAACAUAUGGACCCAGUACUCGGAGCGACUGAUUGAACCUUCCCAAAAAUGCGGUCUUCUCGGUAUAAGGGGUCUGGGCCCAGACAGCAGAACCAGUCAAAAGCAAGUAGUGGAAGAAGCUGCCAGUCACAAAACAGGGCAGGUUCCCAAGCUGGAAGAGGGCGCGGAAGAGGCUGCAGCCACCCACAGGGGGCUUCUGAAUCACUGGGUGGUGGAGCUCAAAGAAAGCUUUCUGGGACUCCAGCCACAAGUGUGACCCCCCCCAACUUGCAAGGAUAUGGUCGUCCACAGGGUUAUUCUCGUCAGUCAGGGGAUGGGAAACCAUUAAUGGGUAGUGGAGCUCAAAGAAUGCUUCCUGGCAAUCCAGCCACAAGUGUGACUCACCCCAACUUACAAGGACAAAGUGGGCCUUUCUCAGCGAGGAGAUGUGAUAGACCUAGUCGUCCACAAGCAGCUGAGGGCACCCAGUCCCACUUAAAGUUCAAGACUGGGUCUCAAAUUAGGAGUGGAGCUGACAAACCCAGACAUCAAGAAGGGACGCUCCCUGGACCCUGGCAGCGAAGAGUUCCUCUGAAAAGUACUCAGCUGACCCAGUCAGUAAACACAAGUGAGAAGCAAACUGGAAAAAGCAAAGAUAAACUCCAAAAGGAAUUCCCUGCAAGAGGCCCUCCCCAUCAGUCAAGUGGUAGUGGACCUCAGCGACGGUCUGAGAGCAGCCAAUCUGAAGCAGCAAAAGCAAUAAACCUCCAAUCACAAAGCAAAAGUCAGCCGCACAGUAGGAGGCAGUAUCCAACAGUCAGUCACCCACAAGGUGAGCAUCGUGGGAAGAAACUCACAAUGACUGACUCUCGAAACACCCCGGGCGGUUUGGCCCGGUCGUUCGGGAGAGGUGCUGGAGCAUGUGGAAGAGCACAAAGAAGGAUAAACCACUUUAAUAGACAAUUCCCUUUCGAAAGAGCUGCAGGAUUUGUAGCGCAUAGCAAAUUUCAUGGCACUACAUGGAAUCACCAUUCAAGGCAAUGGAGAACCCAGACAAAUGACAUUCAAUGGAAGUCUUCAUACAGGACAGACAAUCAGCAAAACCGGUCUAACAUUUAUAGACCUCUAAAGGAUACCUUGACUGAAACUGGAACUGAUUUUAGUUUAUAUUGCAAAAAUCAGCUAGACUUAUAUGCACUUGAGAAAAUCGAAAAACUGGGGGUGACUGAAAUACUUAUGAAUUUAGUAGCUCCUGGAAGUGGCUUUAAGGAGCUCCUGAAUAAGGAGGAUAAUUCCAGCGCUCUGACGACAGUCAUUUUUGAUAUCCUAAACAAGGCAUGCAGCAGUCAGAUGUACAAGGAGAAUAUACGGUAUCUUCUUAUGACCGUGAAAGAGUCUUUGUUUUUAACGAGGACUCUGCCUAAGUUUGUGAUGGAUUUGGGAAGGGAAGAUGAGCAUAUCAAGAGAGAACAAAGCAUUUCUAAACUGAACCAAAUCGUGGCCUUUUAUUUGCUCUUACUUGAAGAGUUCCCCUGCAAGGUCAAUGAUGUGUCCCUUUGUGCAGCUCUCCUACAAAAUGAAUAUCAACAUCUGCAUUCUAAAGGGCUAUUCAUUUCAGAGGAAUCAAAUGAUCGUCUACAGAAACUUCUAAAGAUGAUUGCUCAUUUGAAAGGAAAAAAUCCUGAAGGCAUCAUAAAGUCAGAUUCUCAUACCUUUGAAAAAAUUCACCAGCACGAUUCAGAUGUUGGGAACUGGAGAUCAAUGUCAAUUUUGCCAACCUGUAAGGAGGUAACCAUGACUCAGAGUUCAUCAGUUAGUGGGAAGUUUAAAGACAGCAAGACCUACCUGGAUUCACUCUUUCGUCUCCUUAGGGAGAGCUUUGUGAAGCCACUUAGAGACAGGAUCACCCGCCUUCUAAAGUAUGAUAAGAAGGGUUGGUGCCAAGGGAAUGUUGACUCAUCUUUAUGCAGUCACGUUUAUUUCGAUGUCCAUAUCGCUUCUCCAAUUUACACAAGCAAAGGAAUCAUCUACAAAAUUCAGUUUGACCCCAAAAACUUACAACUAGUCAACCUGGAGAGUUCAAAGGAACUAAUGUAUGGAACACUGUUGUGCCUCUCAAAGGAUGGUUUUGACACAAUCAUUUUUGCUACCAUCUGUAGUCAGGUCAUGAAUGAAUUGACUCAGGGUAUUUUGGAGCUCUGUUUUGAAGAAAGCAGAGCAGGAAUGGUAGACAUCACUCCACUGGAUACGUUUACAAUGGUUGACGCUACUGUGGUUUUUGAAAAUUACAGGCCUCUUCUUGAAAGUCUUCAGGAAGUGGCAGAACAAAACCUACCAAUGCAAAAAUACAUUGUGAGCUGUGAGACGGACAUCUCAGCACCGAAAUAUCUGCUGAAUCACCUGCAUCAGUAUAGUCUUCAGGCAUUGAUCAAUGAUAGCCCAGUCAAAGGAGAAGUUUCUGGUUUUGCACAUGAAGGAAUUAAUGAAAAAGGGGGACAAGAGUAUAGAAAGAAUGCCCUGAGUCAAAAGCACUUUCAGAACAUUUUAAAUUUCAGUGAGUGGCCAAGUAAGGAGGAGCUGAAUUUGGAUGACUCCCAACUGAAAGCUGUGCAGUUAGCCUUAACUAAGGAGUUGGCUGUCAUUGAAGGUCAAGCAGGAACAGGGAAAACGUAUGUUGGCCUCAAAAUUAUCAGAGCUUUCCUGGAUAAUUCCCAUCAUUGGGGGACAGGAUCAGAAAGUCUUCUUCUGGUGCUUUGCCACACAGACUAUACUUUGGAUACGUUCUUGGAAGGAGUACUUCAGUUUUUGCCAGGUGCUUCUGGGCUUGUCAGGGUUGGAGGGCAAAGCUCCAGCGGCAGUCUGAAGAGCGUCUCUCUGGAGAAUCUCAGGAGGGAGAUUUCCUUUAGAAAGAGCUUACCUGUGCACCUGAAAUUAAUGCAUAAGCAGCUGUUUGUUGAGAGAAGGAUCACGGAGGAAGAACUUGGGAAAGCUACUUAUUUGUUGGAAUGUUCUUCAAAAGGAAUCGUCCAUGAGAUGGUGCUGGCUAAGUACAUUGUUGCUCUUCAUGGAAUAAGCCUCGGGAAUGUAGAGCCUGGUGGUCCAUGUUCUCCUCAUGAAACGAAAAGCCAGUCAAUUAUGAUGGAAUGGCUUGGAGUCUCUAUACUGAGCAGUUCUUCAAGGCAAGGGGACAAUGAUGACUUUGGGGAUGAAGAGCUUAAGGUGGCUGGGCCAGGGGACAAUGAAAUGGACACGGCAUUCGGUAGCACCACAGAGACAGCAGAGGAUGACACAGUGGACGUCUACAGUGACAGUGCAGGGAAGACCUUGAGCGUGACAUCUGGUAGCGACAGCGAGACAGAGGAUCGGCCUGAGAGUGAAGAGGAGGGGGUUUUCAGUCGGCUCUCUAGUGGCAUGGAAGAACAAGAUGAGGAGGAAGCAGACACACUGGAACAAGAGACCCUGGAAGACACUGGUUGUGCAGACUUCAGUGAAAUUGACCCAGAGUGUAUGUAUUCAUCUGAUGAUGAAGAGGAUUUCCAAAUGGGUUGUGCUUUAAGUUCUUUAGUGUGACACUGUCCACCAAAAUCAGUGUAAUGAACUUGUAACUUAUAUAAUUCUAAAUAUAUCAAUAUUUUAAUGAACUUCUAUAUGUGUAAAUAUAUAGACUAGGACAUAUAUACAGUACUGUACAAAAGUCAUAGGCAGGCAAAGACAUUUUUAAGGCUAUUUGUCUAGGUAGUAUAUAUUUGCACAGAAAAAAACACAAUUUAACAUUUAAAAUUGUGCAAAUUAACAAUAACGCAAUAAAAAAUGCACAACAAUUUCUUCUGUUCUCCAAAAUGUUACUGGUAUGUGUUGAUGGCUAGAUGAACACCACUUCAGUUCCCAAGCUUCUCCUCAGGGGCACCUCAGCCAUUCCAUGCAUUUAAAAUUUCAUUUAACUAAUUAACUUAGUUUGGUAAAAUAACUUCUGUCAGGUGCUGAUUAGCCAGACAAGGUAGGGUAGUGGUCAUGUCAGAAAUACAUGGGUGUAUUGAAUAGUUCCUGCAAAUACUGGGUGAUUUUCAGAGAAAUUUUGAAGUAGCUAAGCUGACGUACUUUGACAGACAUCACAGUUUUACACAUGAAGAUCAUUUAAAAAACGUUUUCUUUGACUGCUUACUGUAAGUCUUUUGCAUAGUAUAUUGUACGAUAAAAAUGCAUGCAGUGCAGAUAUAAUUGUAUGCCUCAGAUCAUGCAUUUUUCCCCAACCAGGCAGUGGUACAGAGGACUGUGACACAGCUAUCAGCAGCGAUGAGGAUCUAGGCUUCCCUGCAAGCAAUGAUCCAAGAGUCUCCAGACGCUUCUCCCCAGUGGUGCCUCUGGAGGAUGGUGCUGGAGAACCGCAGUCUGUGGUAGGAGCC